AUGGUAAAAAGUGGUUCGAAGAGUAAAAAUACACCUACGGAUGUUAGCCCAUCAUCAGAAUCAGCCGACGCCAAUGACCUUGCAAAUAUAAAUAGGCUAUCCCUCAACUAUGGAGCAGAAUACUACUCUAUGGUCGACAUAGAGGAGCAAAAGGAGAUUGCACAAAGGAAUUCGGAGAUGAGAGAUAAAGUUAAGGUGUUUAGAAAAUCCAAAGGCGAUACUAAGAAGGAAAGGGAGCUGCCAGGCUCCUACAUAAAUAUUUCAAACGGAAAAAAAUCCGUUAAGUCUAAAAUUAAGUCUAAGGAUGAUAAGACGCUCAGAGAAAUACUGAGACUCCAUAAACUGCACAAUAUGCUGAAAAACACGAGGAUUCCGUUCAUUGUGCUGCUGGACGUUGAGUUGAAUAGACUUCUAAGCUGGCUUGCGCCAACACCCGAGGAGAAAAUCGCAAAGGAACAGGUGCUGUUGCAACUGGAGGUCGUGGUCAACGCACUCUUUCCGGACGGGAACCUAAAGGUUUUUGGGUCAUACGUCACGGGCCUGUCGUUGCCAGGUGCGGACAUUGACGUGUGUAUUCAGUCCGAAGGGGACCAGCUGUGCGUGCUGAACAUGAUCGUGUACACCCUUAACCGACUGGGUCUGGUGCACUCGUUCGAGUGCAUAUACAACACGGCAGUGCCCGUAGUUAAGCUGGUCGACAAGAGAACAGGAGUGAGGAUAGACCUGUCGUGUUACAACGAGUCGGCGUUCAAAACCACGAAGUUCAUACAGGAAAUGUGCGUCAAGUACAAGUAUAUGCAGCCGCUGAUACUGCUGGUGAAGCUCUUUCUGCAGUCGCGGAACCUGGGAGACACGUACUUCGGUGGCGUCGGCUCCUUCCUGCUGUACUGCAUGAUCCUGUCGUUCCUGCAGCUGCACGACUCGAGCUCGCAGAAGCAGAGCGACGACACGAACUCCCUGGCGACCCUCUUCAUCGAUUUCUUCUACUACUGGGGGUUCCUGAGGGACUACAGCCAGUUUGUCACCACCGUUAGGGGAUUGGGGCACGUGUACCCAAGGAAGCUCAAGAAGGAACAGUCUGACUCGAUGCUCAGCUGCGAUAAUCCCAUAGAUCACACGGUGGACCUCGGAACGAACUCGUUUAAUAUGCACAGCGUCAACUCAGCGUUUCAAAACGCCUUCAUAAUCCUCAAGAACAUUGAACACAACAUUAGGAAGUGGUUUCCGAAUAAGGUGGUCACCUUCGGGAUGAACUUCUCAACCAUACUGGAGUCUCUGUACGACGUUAGUCACCCGGUCUUCCAGAAAAGGAGCCACGAGUCGCAUGAAAACGUGCGCAAGGACUAUUUUAACGACCACUCGAACACCCUGAACGCGUCUCUGGAUUCAGUGCUGAAGCAUCUGAAGAAGUCACUUGAGAGCAGCAGGACAAACACCUUCAACGCCCAGAGGCAGCUGAUGGAGUCUCUGUCCUCUGAGCAAAACGAACUGAACCUGGACGGAGACAUACCUUUCUACAUCGUCGCUGAGGCCGUGGGAAAGGAAACUUCCAGCUUGCUGUAA